UCUCCAACCCCGCAAAUCAUUUGUCCUUUCAACCAGUUCGAGAUGCUAAGAUGGAAUACCUUGAUUGCCCCCUGGUGACUGAACCGAAGCUUGGUCGUUUAUGCUGGAGAUUAAACCUCGGCUCUGCACUUUUAUCUGUUUGCAUCCUUUCCUGACAAUUCUCCAAGAGCCCGGAUACCUCACAUAGUCCUCUAGGUUUCUGCCAACUUCAUUGUUUUUCAACAUGGGCGUCCUUCAAGAUAUCAGGCUCACUCCCUUGGCACACCCAGCUGUGUUGCUUUUAGUGCCCGUUACGCUGGUAUUGGCCUUCUACUUCUACAGCGUUCCCAAUGUCCUUAAGGAUUCUAGAAGAAGACACCUUCCUCCGGGUCCCAGAGGGCUGCCAUUUAUAGGCAAUUUAUUUGACUUGGCUGACUCUGACCUCGUCAGAGGCAAAGUCCAGGGUUGGGCGAGAGAAUAUGGCGACAUCUUCCAUACGAAAAUCGGUGGUAGCGAUUACAUCUGGCUAUCUUCACCCAAAGUGGUCAAAGAUCUCAUGGACAAGAAGUCCGCCAUCUACUCCUCGAGACCGCCUCUUCCUCUUGCGCAGGACGUGGCUAGCUCAGGCCGCCGACAGCUGUUCAUGCAGUACGGGCCUGAUUGGCGCAAGCUCCGAAAAUACAGUCAUGCCUUACUCAAUGCCACGACCGCUAUCGCAUACCAGCCCAUUCAGAAUUACGAGUCUAAGCAGCUCUUGGUUGAUUUGUUAGACACGCCCGAGCGAUUCUACGAGCACAAUCGUCGCUAUUCAGCUUCUGUUAUCAUGCUUGUGACUUACGGUUAUCGACUAUCCGAUUGGGAGGAUCCUCUCAUCAAAGACAUCUACGCAGUGCUUGACAAUCUGACCGAGAUGACAGCGCCUGGCGCCCACGCAGUAGACAGUUUCCCAUCUUUGGCAUUCCUACCUCAAUUCCUUCUCGGCAAUUGGCGCACAUUUGGCAAAAAGGUCUCUGAGCAUGAUAGCAAGAUCUACAUGAAGCUUUGGGACAGAUUGAAGAGGGAAGUCGAUGCAGGAACGGCCAAAGACUGUUUCUGCAAGACGUUCUACCUUAACGAUCCCCAGAAACAAGGCAUCGACGAUCUUCUGGCGGCCUACACAUGCGGAGGACUGGUUGAAGCCGGUUCGGAAACCACUAGUACCACGCUCAAUAACUUCAUCCUGGCCAUGACACUUUUCCCAGAUGUAGUCAAGAAAGCACAGGAAGAAAUUGAUCGAGUGGUUGGAAAUCAGAGACUUCCAGAGUAUGAAGACGAGAAGGACCUGCCAUACAUUAGAGCUCUGGUGAAAGAAACACUGCGAUGGCGCGCCGUCAACAAGUUUGGAAUGAUGCACGCUACCAGUGAGGAUGAUUGGUAUGAAGGCUAUUUCAUCCCGAAGGGUUCUGUAGCAGUUCUGAAUUGGUGGGCCAUCCAUAUGAACCCUGACCUCCACCCGAAUCCAGAGGUGUUUGAUCCCACCCGAUACUUGAACAAACUUUUAUCAGCGGCAGAAUAUGUCAACGCCAACGACCCGUAUUCUCGGGACCAUUUUACGUACGGUGCCGGUCGCAGAGUGUGCCCUGGCAUCCAUGUCGCGGAAAAGUCCCUUUACAUCAACAUGGUUCGUACACUCUGGGGUUUCAAUAUCACAAAGAAGAAGGGACCAAAUGGACCAAUUGAACCAGAUACCAGAAUGAUUCGUGGGUUCUUGAGUGUGCCAUAUCCCUUCGAAUGCUCCAUAAUACCGAGAUCUGAAAUUCAUGUUGCCACGAUAAAGAAAGCAUUCCAAGAUGCUGGGGAACUAUGACUGGUAACUUCUUUGUUAUUUCCAAGGGCUGUUGAGUUGGGCGAGGUAGCGUAGUAAUAAAUCAC